AUGUAAGGAGUAAUAAUUGAAUAAUUUGCAGGAACUUUAAAUCAUGCAUUAAAGGAACUUAUUAGAAGAUAACUGCAUUCAAUGAAAGAGUUCGAUGAACUUAGUGCUGAAUUUUAGAAACAUACUGAUAAGAUGAAGAUUACUCAAACUUAUUAACCUAUGAUAGAGAUAUUUACAUAAAUAAAUAAAUGGAUGGUUGAUAGAUUAGAAAAGGGAUAACAUUUUACUGAUUAAAUCAUGACUCAAAAAAAGAGUUAUGAUACAAUAGGUUAAUAAGAAAGAAGUGUAUAUUUAGAAAUUUGUAAAUUGGAUUUAAAUCGCUUAAAUAGUUUGAAAUAGUGUUUCUUUCAUUAUCAAUAAUAGUAUAUAUAUUAUUGACAAUAUUUGAUAGUCUUAAGAAGGAAUGGUAAAGAGACUUUGUUGAAUAUUAAUUGUUAUAUUUAACAUGUUAAGAAUAUUAAUUAGAUUAUCCUUAAUUAUUAGCUGCAAUAUAAAAGUUAGAGGAUAAGAACAAUUUAUUAUUAGACCUAUUUAAAUCACAUAACAAAGAAAGAGGAUUUCUUUAUUAAUUUUAUUUAAAAUAUGCAAAAUUAAGAGUGUAAUACUUUGAAGCUACAAAAUAUAAUGGUGAAUAAUUAAAAAAAUUAGCUGUGAUUAUUCAAAGAAAUAGUAAUGGUUUGGUUAAUAUGAUUUAGAAUGAUUAAACACUUUAACAUGAUUAAUUGUUUUUAGAAUUAUAGAAAUCAAUAAAUUUUCAUGUUGAAAUUCAUUAAGAAAUUUUAGAUAUCCUAAAUUAACUUAUUAAAUUUGCAGAACAAUCCAAUGAUAGUCUAAAAUCUAAAUAUACUAAAUAUAUGUAAUUAGUAUUAGAAAUGUAAUCAACUUCUAAUUAAACUCAUUUCCAUGAUUGUAAAAUUAUUAUAUUAAUAAAUUCUUAGAUUUAAUGUAAUAAAUGAGUCUAACUUUAUCAGGAAUGGUAUAAUCCAAUAUUGUUAGAGAUAGAUGUUUUAAUAAUUUUAUUAUUGAAUUAAGUGAACUCAUAUAUUUUAGAAUUAAUAAUUUGAAUUGCAAAGCAAAUGACAAUUUAAAAGAAGCAGUCCAACAAUACAAUAAGAGUAGUUAUAGUGUUACUUAUUUAAGAUUAACAAUUACAUCAUUAAAUGAGAGGAGAAUAAUAAUGGAACGAUAUGCUUAUGAGGCAAAAGGAAAUUUAUGAAAAAUAAUUGAAAGAAUAUUCAAAUGUCUUAUAAUUCAGAAAACAAAGUUAUUUAAAAGAUCAAAGCAGAUUUUGCAAUAAUCCAAAAGUUAUCAAUCUAUCUGCCUUAGAUUUACCAUUAACAGCCAAAGAAUUUUUCAAUUUGUUUCUUAGCAAUGAUGAAUAAAACUUUUUUGCUUAAUUUAAAACUAAUGUGAUGAAAGAAAUCUAAGUUAAAUAUACUUAAUAUGAACCUGCACCACCUAGUUUCUUUCUUCAUGAAGAAAACUACGAUAUUAAAGAAUUGAUUGAUUAAUGUUAAGCCAGCAAAAGAGUUAUUACUUAUAAAUAACCUAAUAGAGAUAAACUCAAAUUAUUUAGUCCAGAAUUUGUUAAUUGUAAAUGUGAAUAAUUUGUUUACUUCAUAAGUGAUGCUGAAAUCAUGGUUGAACAAGAAGUAUUUAAUGAUGCUAAUCAAUAUUGCUCUCUCAGAAAAUAUAUGCAUAUUAUUUAAACCAAUAAUAAUGAAGUCACUUUACAGUACUGUUAUAUUUAUUCAUUUUAGUUAUGGCUAUUAUAAACAUGAACUGAAGUUUAAUAUCUUUGGAAUACUAGAUUUCUUUUAAAAUUAAGAAGAAAAGGAUAUUUAUGAAUAAUAAUUAUAACCUGCUAUGGUUAAAUGUGUCUAAUAGUAUUUGUAAAAUAAAGAAACUCUUAAGGAAGAGAGAAAAAAAUAAUUUAUUCUCAAUAAUAAUAUAGAUUAUAUGCUUAAUUAAUAAAUGGAAGUUAAUCCAUAGCCAUAUUAACCCAAUAUUCCAUUUAUCAAAUAAGCAAAUUAAUUGGCAUCUAAUAAAUGGACCAUGGCUAAUAUGUUAAGUUAGGAGAGUCUUAUGAAAUUAAUAUUUUUAUUACUCCUUUUGAAUUUUUUCAAACCACAAGUAGUUUGA